AGGUGUAUUUCCCCACGGACUGUAAAAAGUUGCCAUUUGCCAUCCAUUCAGCCAAUGCCGCGGUUCCCUUCUCAAAAGACCACGUCACCACCAAGAGCAAGGAGGGGAAGGGAGCUCCGAUACACAAAACAAAGGGAAGAGAAGAUCAAACUGAAAUCUCCUUCUGUGAGUUAUGUUGUCGAUACUUCUUCAUCCUUAAUUAAAUCUCGUUAGCCCCCGCAGGUACGCGAUUUCCGGUGGUCGUAAUUGGAAUUGCCAUUUACUUGUUGAGUUUUAUGUACUAUAUCCAUCACCAGAGAAAUAGCGAAUUAAGCUUCGAUCAGGCUGCAAAGCCCUAGAUCCUCUUUCCCCACCAGGCUCCAAUCUAACGGCUGAUUUCCAUUUCUUUGCUCAAUUGCGUUUCUGUCGCAAAACCCUAUUUAUCUGGAACCUUGAGUGCUUCUUGCCUGCAGAUUCAUGAGUCUCGUCAAUAUUUUCUUUAUCUGAAAUUUUCUGGUCAAGACCCAUUUAUCCUUUUUUUAUUGAAGUUAAUUUCGGAGGGUGAAAUUUCCAAUCUUUCGGGGUUCUCCAUCAACUCUGUAGCUGUACUCGGACAAUGGUGAGCUGGGUUUCAAUCAAGACCUGUUCUUUUGUUUGGAUCCGACUUUGGAAUUAGGGUUUUACGUCGUAGGGUUUUAGAUUGGGUUCUAAUCCGAUUAAUGGCCUGCAGUAGUAUCUUUUACUUUUCCCGUGAUAAUCCGAAGGAUAACAUUAUACGCUGGAAUUAGUUUAAGGCUUAGAAAACUGCUUAUAUAAAUUCCUCGGAGCUUCAGGAGUGGUUUAGAUGAUCAGUUGUUGAAAUUCCUUUUUUGAAUUAUUUUAUUCAGCAGUUCAUCCAUCAAACGCCUGACUCGCCCACAAAUUCAAAGGCUUUAUUUUAUAUCUGCUUAUCUGAAUUUGAAAAUUGGGACAAAUUUGAACGCAAAUGGCUACUCCACCACCACCUCCCCUUGGUUAUACCGUUACUGUUUCCCCUCCUCACCCGAACACACCUACACCUCGCCCCGAGAAAAGACCGACCCCCCCUCCCUUCUCAUCUCCUGUUGCACCCAGGUUUUCACCGCAAAUAUCACACCAAGAUGGGCUUCCUUCCUCAUCAAGCAAGACGUCUAGUAUUCCAUCGCCAGCAAAUGGAAUUAAAACUGGAAGUCCUGUUCCUCAGUUUAGCACGCCUCCUGGUCCUCCUGUGUUCUCAUCGCCACUCCAGCCUGCAGCUGUUCCUUUCCGGGCAUCUCCUGCAUCUCCUCAGCCGGUUGCAUUUUCUUCAGGUUCCUCUCUGCCCACAUCUUCUCCUCUUUAUCGAAAUGGGUCAGCUGAGUUGCAAUCAGAAGCUUCUGAUGUGGCUGAAGUGUCCAUGCUCUCCAGGGAAUCACCUUGUGUUCUAUUCACUGCUCAUAAGGUUUUGAAACACAAAAAGCAGGCAAAUGUCCCAAGCUUGGGAUUUGGGGCGAUAGUUUCUCCUGGAAGGGAGGUCUCACCAGGCCCACAAAUAAUACAACGUGAUCCCCAUCGCUGCCAAAAUUGUGGGUCUUAUGUGAAUCUCUAUUGCAACAUUUUGCUGGGCUCAGGGCAGUGGCAGUGUGUAAUCUGUGGGAAACUUAAUGGAAGCGAGGGUGAAUACAUAGUUCCCAGCAAGGAAGACCUUUGUAACUUGCCAGAACUUUCAUCUCCAUUGGUUGAUUAUGUUCAAACUGGGAAUAGAAGACCUGGUUUUAUUCCUGUGUCUGACUCAAGGAUGUCUGCACCCAUUUUUCUUGUCAUAGAUGAGUGUCUAGAUGAAGCGCAUCUUCAGCAUUUACAGAGUUCUUUACAUGCUUUUGUCGAUUCCCUCCCACCAACAACAAGAAUUGGAAUCAUAUCUUAUGGUCGGACAGUGUCAAUUUAUGAUUUCUCAGAGGGAUCAACGGCAUCAGCUGAUGUGCUUCCUGGUAAUAAAUCACCAAGUCAGGAAGCAUUGAAAACAUUGAUUUAUGGAACUGGCAUAUACUUGUCACCUAUCCAUGCUUCAUUGCCUGUUGCACACACCAUCUUUUCAUCUUUGAGACCAUACAAACUAAAUUUGCCUGAAGCAUCAAGAGACCGGUGUCUGGGUACAGCAGUAGAAAUAGCUCUGGGAAUAAUUCAAGGGCCAUCAGCUGAAACUUCUCGAGGAGUUGUUAAAAGGUCUGGAGGUAAUUCAAGAAUUAUUGUAUGUGCUGGUGGACCCAAUACUUAUGGCCCUGGCUCGGUACCACAUUCAUUCAGUCAUCCAAACUAUCCUUACAUGGAGAAAACAGCAUUGAAGUGGAUGGAGAGUCUAGGUCGUGAGGCUCAUCGACAUGAUACAGUCAUUGAUAUCUUUUGUGCUGGAACAUGCCCAGUAAGGGUUCCCGUCUUACAACCUCUUGCUAAAACAUCCGGUGGUGUUCUGGUUCUUCAUGAUGAUUUUGGGGAGGCUUUUGGUGUAAACUUACAACGAGCAUCUACAAGGGCAGGGGGUUCCCGUGGAUUAUUAGAGAUACGCUGCUCUGAUGAUAUUCUUAUCACUCAAGUAAUAGGGCCUGGUGAAGAGGCACCAUCUGACACUCAUGAAGCUUUCAAAAAUGACACUUCGAUCUCUAUCCAAAUGCCAAGUGUUGAAGAAACACAGAGCUUCUCCCUCUCCAUGGAAACAAAAGCAGACAUUAAAAGUGAUUAUGUUUAUUUCCAGUUUUCAUUUCAAUUUUCAAACAUUUAUCAAGCUGACAUUUCUAGAGUGAUUACUGUCAGAUUGCCGACUGUGGAUAGUGUUUCAGCUUAUCUUGAGAGUGUUCAAGAUGAAGUGGCAGCAGGUCUUAUUGCAAAGAGGACAUUGUUACAAGCCAAAACAGCUUCUGAUGCAAUUGAUAUGCAAAUGGUUAUAGAUGAAAGAGUUAAAGACAUAGCCUUGAAAUUUGGGUCCCAAUUACCGAAGUCAAAACUUUAUCAGUUCCCCAAGGAGCUUUCUUCACUUCCAGAGAACUUGUUCCAUCUCAGAAGGGGAGCGCUUCUAGGAAAUAUUGUUGGCCAUGAAGAUGAGAGAUCUGUUUUAAGGAAUUUGUUUCUGAAUGCAUCAUUUGAUUUGUCACUUCGUAUGGUGGCACCUCGUUGUCUAAUGCAUCGGGAAGGAGGCACUUUUGAGGAACUACCAGCAUAUGACCUGGCCAUGCAGUCUGAUGCAGCAGUUGUGCUUGACCAUGGGACAGAUGUUUUCAUUUGGUUGGGUGCAGAACUAGCAGCUCAGGAAGGGAGAAGUGCAGCUGCUUUAGCAGCUUGCAGAACACUGGCAGAAGAGCUCACUGAAUUGCGGUUUCCAGCUCCUCGAAUCCUCGCUUUCAAAGAGGGAAGUUCUCAGGCUCGAUACUUUGUUUCUCGGUUAAUACCAGCACACAAAGAUCCUCCUUAUGAGCAGGAGGCAAGGUUUCCCCAGCUUCGAUCUUUAACAGCAGACCAGAGGGCUAAGCUCAAAAGUAGUUUUCUUCACUUUGAUGAUCCAAGCUUCUGUGAAUGGAUGCGCGGCUUAAAACUGGUGCCUCCUGAACCGAGAUAGCUAAUAUGUCAAGGUGGUUUUUUUUGGGACUUUCUCCAAAGAGGGAAUGGCUUGAAUUGCAUCCGAGAACUGCUAUUGGAUAUCUCCGUCUUGGAUCCUUUCUGAGAGUCUAAUUCACAGGAUGCUUUGUGUAGGAAUGGUGACCCAAGGACUAAACCAUUCUGACUUCUAUAUUUACUGUAGCUUUUCUCAAAGUUGGUCUAUUUUUGUUUUACUUCAAUUCGGUUUCUCAUUUUGGAAUGCUACAGAAGAGCGCAAUAAAAUGUCAUUUCUUAAUACAGAUUUUUGUAAAGCAA